AUGCGAUCUUUAGUAUUGUUCACUGCUUUACUGGUGGCGGUCUCGUGUGCUGACCAGCCCUUUAUCUGGCCUCUUCCUAAGGAGUAUAAACACGGUGAUAAGACCAUCACCAUUGAUGCUUACCACUUCCGUUUCAUCACUCCUGCUCAGUCGAACGAACUUAUCAGUGCGUUCCAGAGAUAUUAUGACCUCAUUUUCGAUCGUAAGUCUGCUCUUGUCGAGAGCGGUGUUGUUCAGGCUACUGUGACUGUGAAGGAGGAUAAGGCCGAGCUCCAGUUGGGAAUCGAUGAGAGUUACACUCUUGAGAUUCCCGAGGACGGAUCUGAUAUUACUAUCACUGCUGCUAAUGCCUUCGGUGCUAUGCACGGUCUGGAGACUCUUUCUCAGCUCAUUGUGUUCGAUCCGGAUACUCUGACGUAUGUGAUCAAGAACGCUCCUUGGGUGAUCAACGAUGCUCCUCGUUUCCCCCACCGUGGUAUUCUGAUGGAUACUUCUCGCCACUUCGAGUCGCUUCCUUCCAUCAAGAAGCUUAUUGAUUCCAUGACCUAUGCGAAGCUGAAUGUGCUCCACUGGCACAUCACCGACUCUCAGGCCAACCCCGCUCAGUCCCAGGCUUUCCCCAAGUGGUGGGAGGGUUCGUACACUCCUCAGGAGCGUUACUCGACCAUGGACUUUGAGGAGAUUGUGGAGUACGCUCGCAUGCGUGGAGUGCGUGUGGUGCCCGAGAUGGAUGUCCCCGGCCACGAGGCUUCUUGGUGCAAGGGAUAUCCGGAAGUGUGCCCCAGCGAAACUUGCCUCGAGCCCUUGGAUCCCACCAGCGAUAAGACUUGGGAGCUGAUUCAGGGCGUGCUGGACGAAUGGUCUGGUAAGGAGCAGGGCAAGGGAAUCUUCUUCGAUAACUACUUCCAUAUGGGAGGCGACGAAGUGGACACGAGCUGCUGGAAGACCACGGUGCACAUUAUCGAGUGGAUGAAGAAGAACAAUCUCACCGACCACGACACCUACAAGUACUUCGUGCAGAAGGUGCAGCAGAUGGUGCUCAAGAACCACCGCAAUGGAAUCUACUGGGAGGAGGUCUGGCUGAACUUCCGCACGCAGCUGGACAAGGAGACGAUUAUUCAGACCUGGAUGAACAAGAAGACCAUGAAGGAUGUGGUCGCCAACGGAUACAAGGUGAUCAUCUCCGAUCCUCACACCUAUCUGGACCACCUCGAUGAGACCUGGAAGGCUCUCUACAACGACGAGCCCUUCGAGUUCACCGAUGUGCCUGAGGAGCAGGCGCUCGUCCUGGGAGGCGAGGCUUGCAUGUGGGCGGAGACUGUGGAUGUGUCGGAUCUCUACAACACCGUUUGGCCGCGCGCUGGCGCUUUUGCCGAGCGAUACUGGAGUCCGAAAGAGGUGAAUGACGUGGAGGCUGCGCACGAUCGUAUGCGCUACUUCCGCUGCCUGUUGAAUCACAGAGGCGUGCCUGCUGCCCCGGUGGACAAUGCGAAGGGACGAAGCGCUCCUCCAAACCCUGGUAGCUGCUAUUAUCAAUAAGCUGUGUU